GCUUGUUUAUGCUGGUAAGGAAUAUUCGCAGGAUCUCAAAAAAUCGUUUUAGAGAUAGUCUGGCGACGAUUACGAGUGCACGACUACUUAAAUUUACGCGUGACUGGUAGGAUAGCAGACCUAAUAGAUGUUGCGCGAAAACUCCACGUGUGGUGAUCGUGCAUGGAGGUGCUGGUACUGUAGCUCACAGAGAAACUACUGGGUUAAGUUUAUUUCCCCAGUUGUUCAUUUACUCUUAAAUGAUUUAUUUUGCAAAUGUACGGCUUUGCUAUCCCUUUUAUUACCACCAGAAAUAAUGGGCAUGAGAACCGUGAGGUCCGACAUGUCUGACGUCCACCACGCUCCUGUUCGGAUCCCACAGUUCUGGAUCUGGCAUAUCUGGGGGACUUCAUUGAAGCAUGAUUGAAGCUUCAAAGAUCCUGUCAUAUACUAUAGUUUCAAUGAUUGGUCAGUGUCAUCAACAUUUUUGACGAUGGGGAAAAGGACAGUCUCUGGUCAUGCUGGUUCCUGGGACAGUCAAGAAAAUGUGGCAAAGAAGAAAAGUAAAUAUGCUGAAACGAAGCACCAAUCUGUGUCGAAGUCUUCAGAUGGAAACAAAUUGAAUCCCUCAAAAAAGUUCCGGGAAAGCCUAGACACAGAUUCCAAAAAGACAGUCCCAACCUUCUGGUGGCAUGCCAAAAAGGUGAAGAAGCUCAAGAACGAGGGACAGGCGGGCUCAAAUAGAGCCAAGGCCAUGCUGAGUGCGCCACCGGGAAUGUCUAAAGGCUCCACGGUGGCAAGCCCCGGCGGAGGUCAGGGGAAAAUCAGCAAGAAAAAAGCCCUGCAGUUGAAAAAGAAACGCCAAAGGAAGAACAGGCUGCUGAAAAAGAAGCUGAACUCCAGCAAAGAUGCUGCAGGUGACUUGCCGCGGAUGCCAAAAACAUGGGGGACAUCGAAGCAUGCCAAGAAAACACCACAUGUUAAAAAAAUGAAAAACAAAGUAGGAAAACAGAAUGAAGGGAGCGAGAAAACCAAGCCAGAUGAAGGUUAUAGGACCACUAAAAAGGCUGUUAACAGCUCAAAACCAAAGGCUGUUAAGCUAGGUCAAGACAACACCAUUCUCGCUCCGCGAGUAUCCUCGCAAAGUUCGAAUCUUCAAAAGAGUGGAGGGCAGAAGGAACGCAAGGUGAAGAAAGCCAGAAAGUUUAAAAAGGCAAACACUUCUACAGAUGCUAUACCGGCAACCAGCAGAGAAACCGGCGAGUCUGCAUCUGGGUUGACCUUGCUGGGACAAGACAGGAGUAGAAAUGUCAAGAAAGCAGGGAACGGUAAACAUUUCAGUGAUAACUGUCCCGUUGUUGACAAGGAUAGCAGCAGCCUCAGUGAUAAGACAGAAAUGGACAAGAGGAAGCAGGAAGAGGUGUCCUCCAACUGGAAGGCUUUGCUGCCAAUUGUUGAAAAGUCCAAGGAAGCAGAUGCAAAGAGACGAAAGAAAUUCGGAAAGGCAAAGAAGACGAACGAGGAGCCCAAAGCAAGGUUAACUGUGACCCCCAAGCCAGACAUCUGGUUUGAUGAUGUCGACCCCUCGCUGAUCAGAGCCAAUGAGAAUACAGAAGCUGUCGACAGUGUCCAAUCAGAAACAGACUACAAUCCACUCAUCAGAAAGGACGCACAGAAUUGCCCAACAAAGUGCCUAGCAAUGGACUGUGAGAUGGUGGGUACCGGCCCAAAAGGCUCACAGAGCAUCCUAGCCAGGGUGUCUGUGGUGAACCAGUAUGGUGCCUGCAUCUUUGACAAGUAUGUCAAGCCCCGGGAACCGGUCACAGACUACAGGACUUUUGUCAGCGGCAUCCGACCUCAAGAUCUGAGAGACAAAGGAGAGGAUUUUGAGAAAGUCCAGAAGGAACUGUCGGACCUACUGAAGGGAAGGGUUGUUGUGGGCCAUGCCCUUCACAACGACUUCAAGGUGUUGUACUUCAGCCACCCUCGAAGUUUGAUUCGAGAUACAUCAACAUAUCAACCAUUCAAGGAUCUUUUCAAGAGCAAGAGGCCAGGCCUCAGGAAGUUGACAGAGCUCCUUUUGAAAGUCAACGUGCAAAAAGGGGAACAUAACUCAAUCGAAGAUGCACAGGCUGCGAUGAAACUGUACCUGCUGCACCGAAGGCAGUGGGAGAAGUGGCUUCGAGAGAGGCGUCAUCUACUGCCCAGCAAGAAAAUGGCCAAAGCAGACAGGAAGACAGCAACGGAGGCACUUGUCUAGUGAUUUGUGAAUCCCACACAGCUACAAGAGAACUGUUACACCCCCACUAUGACAUCUGUCCCAUUUAUGGUCAGGACGGCUCCUGUUUAUAGAAUAGUGUGCCAGUGUAUACCGUGACGUCAACGUCGUUUGUUUCAGAGCUCUAGUUUUUAUUUCCAUUAUGGAUGAAAUGCCACAUUGCCAUAAUUCGGAGGAACACCAUUGUAUGGGAGCCGCAAAACUCGGAGAAGGUUGAGAAAUUUGCCAACUAUGAGGGACCAUCCCAACGAUACGAACAGAACCUCUGGUAAUCGUUUGGUUUUCGAACUGUUAGCCUCAGUACAAGUAAUGCUCAGCACCGCUGUAGGCUGUCCUUGAUUGGUAAUGAUAGCUCAAGGCAGCAUGGGUGUUGCCAGGAUUGUUUUUGGGGGGGAGGGGGAGACACUCGGCAACAGCGAAUUUGCAAACCAUUAGUGGUGGAAGGGGGUCAAAUUCUGAUGUAUUUUCAGUCAAAUUGGUGAUUUCGAUCACCUUUUCUUCAUUUUCAUCUUUUCUUAGUCACACACCCCUGCAAAGGGCAACACUGCAUCUAUACUCUCCAACAGUUAUUAUCAAUGGUUUUCUUCUUUGUGAAUUAAUAAAGAAAACUCUUUUUCCAAAACAUACUCGCUACUCUGCACUCUGGGGUCUUCCAAUUAAAAUGUUUCAUCGACUGAUGUUUAGCAAAGUUUUAAAAGCCGCACUGUGAACUGUUUUGAAUUACCAGGGUGACAAUCCUUGGUCAGAACUUAAAGUUAACGAGUCAGUUUGGAAGAAAUGCUGGAAAACUGGCUCUUCCCUUCUGCCAACUCCCCCCCACACACACACACACCCACAAAGUUGCAGUUGAGGCCAAAAUAUACAUCAACCAAAAUAUUUGCCCAGUAAUGGGUAAAGUGUAUAAUUUUUUCACUUUCAACUAUAUGUCACUUGUUGGAAAGCCUAACAAGCUCAACUGGCAUCUUCAUAGUUGCCGAACAGUGUUAUGUUUAAGAAGUCUUGGGGUAGAUUUUGUCUACUUCCAGUAUGGUUUUAAAUACAAGAUUUUAUGACCCGAAAAGGGAAA